CGCGGAUUCACAGUCGGAAAGGUCGGGAUAGAAAUCGAAAAAAGUUUUUUGUUUAGAACCGGCUCCCAGUGUUUCGGUUCCUGGAGGUCAUUAGCCAGUUGUGUUAACGAUUCCCUUAUCGAUACCUGUCGGUGCGCAUGACGUCACCACGUACGACUUGGAAGCGGCAUAAAAACUGGAGCUGUUCACGAGAAAGGAUGACAACAGGGCAAGUUGCAAUAUUUGCAAAGUGGAUAUUUUCAUCAAAGAGAGGAAAUACUACUAAAAACAUUAUGACACAGAGAAUGUGAAAAAUUUGAAUGAAUGACGCUUUUUUGAUCCCGUUUGACGUGGAAGUGAAUCGCCACCAGCAGCAACAGCAGCAAUGUCAGCAAUGUUAAUGCUGCAGAUGUCAACAGUGUUUGCACCUGACAUCUCCUUGGUCCUUCGAGCCGGAUCCCAACACGUCUGACGAUUCCAGCCUGACGUGGCACGGCAUCCGGAAGUGACGUCCCCUCGUCAUCAUCGUUUUGAUCUCCAUCGCCCCUGCUCUCACUCUCACAUCCUCCAGUGCCUGCCGGGUCACACCGACUCACAGGCAGGUUUCGGUCCAGUCGCCAUGUGGCUUCUUGUGCUGUUCGGUGUUCUUCGGUACGUGUCGUCCUACGAGGUGGACGUCAACAAGAUGGACGGGCUGGCUCGAGCCAGAGUGGAGUCGUGUGGUGGAUGACAACUGAACAGGCUCAGGGAGGUCAAAGCCUUUGUGGUCCAGGACAUUCCUCUUUACCAUAACCUGGUGAUGAAACACAUUCCUGGGGCCGACCCUGAACUUGUCCUCCUUAAUCAUUACUACGAGGAGCUGGACAGGAUCGCUUUGUCUGACAUGACCCGCUCUGAGAUCAACGAGCUGCUGGCCAAGUUGGGCUUCUACAAGAAGGCCGAGGCAGACGAGGAGGUCCCGGAAGAGUUCCGCUUCUCCCCCGCCAAAGACAGCCCGUUCGAAAAUGAGCCGGCAGCACACAAGCCCGCCACUGAGAACACCUCCUCCUCCUCCACCUCCUCCUCCUCCUCCUCAGAACCUGACUCUGAGGCCAAACACACGGACCUCUAAUGCUGUCCGAGACACGUGACUGUUGCUAAACCAGGCCAGCAGAUCCAGAAUCAGGACUAACGUUUUGCUACAGACGUCAAAAUCAGCGGUCUGGCCUCCUCACCUGUGCACGCUUCUCACCCGCCAAGAUACAGAAUGACGCCGCAGGUUAAAAAUUUGCCGAUUGGCCUGAGGUUGAUGCCACACGUACUGGUGGGUGGGCUGCUACACACACCUUACCACUGGAAACCAAUAAAAUGGUUUUACACCAA